CCGUGCACCAGCAGGCGGCUCAGGCCCUCGGGUGCUGGGAUCUGUACACUAUCAAGUGUCCUUUCUACAAAGUCGCCUAGUGGUUUUUGAAUGUAGAAAACGAAGCGCAAGUCAAAUUGGAGCACAGCCCCCUGUUUAGUGUAGUCGUGUGCAGUUUAGGAUGCAGCCAUUUUUUUUGACGUUGAAUACGGAAGUCCUAUUUUCAGUAUUUUCCUGCUUCAUUUCUGCCAGGUGAAAGCGUCUUCAACAGGUGACAAACAUGAUGGAACCCGCUAAGCAGGACAUCUCUGCCAUCUUCAAGCGUCUCCGCUCCAUUUCUACCAAUAAGGCCUGUUUUGACUGCUCUGCAAAGAACCCAAGCUGGGCUAGCAUCACCUAUGGUGUAUUCCUGUGUAUUGACUGCUCUGGGACACACCGUUCUCUGGGGGUGCAUCUGUCUUUUAUCAGGUCUACUGAACUGGAUUUCAACUGGUCCUGGUUUCAGCUGCGUUGCAUGCAAGUUGGAGGGAAUGCCAGCGCUACUGCUUUUUUUGACCACUAUGGUUGCACUGCCAGUGAAACCAACGCCAAAUAUAACAGCCGUGCUGCUCAACUUUAUAGAGAGAGGAUCAAGACUCUAGCUACCCAGGCCACCAGACAGCAUGGCACUGAGCUCUGGCUGGACAGUCAGGCUCCUCUCUCCCCAACAUCUCCUGGGGACAAGCAUGAAGACUUCUUCAGCCAACACACAAGGAAUGAAGGAGGAUCCUUUCAGCAAAAUCUAAAUCAAGCACAGGAUGCAAACUUGCAAGACAAAAAUAAUAAUGAAAACGAAGAAGGUCCAUCCGUUGAACUUCUCAGUGUUUCACCAAAAGCCGCUUUAGACACUUCUCUAAUCAAAAAGAAGCCAGCAGCCAAAAAAACGCUGGGAGCUAAAAAAGGAGGUCUGGGGGCUCAGAAAGUGAGCAGCCAGAAUUUCUCAGCUCAGGAGAAGAGAGCUCAGUCUGCAGACAAACAACGUGAGGAGGCUGUCACUGAGAAGAGUGUCAAGCCUGAGGAGCAAGAUGUGACCUCUCUGAGGCUGGCCUAUAAGGAUCUGGAGCUCCAGAGAAAAAGGGAUGAGAAAAAGCUGCAAGGGCUUGAGGGCAACAAGAAGGAACAGGCGGAGAGGCUGGGGAUGGGUUUCUCCCACCGGAGUGGUGUGUCUCACUCUGCCCUGGCGGACAUGCAGACAAUUCAGCAGGACACGCCCCCUUUGACCCAGUCCUCCUCACAUACUAGGAAGUACAGUGAAGAUGAUGACGAGGAAGAGGGCUAUUUCUUCAUUAGAACCUCCUCCAAGUAUAAUAAUGAGGUGCCUCAGUCAUCUGACCAGUUCUUCUCCCAGUGGGAGGACAUUAAGAAGAAAGAAGGCAAGAAACCAGAGCCUGACGUUUAUUUGAGUUCCAAAACAUCAUCAUUUGAAGACAGGACUGCAGCAAGGAGAAAAGCAGAGCCGGUUCCAUUACCUGUCUCAGAUGAUGCCCAGAAGAAAUUUGCUGGAGCGAAAGCCAUCUCUUCUGACAUGUUCUUUGGUAAACAGGACAACUCUGAGUAUGAAAUGAGAACACGACUGGAGCGUUUCUCUGACAGUUCAGCCAUCAGUUCAGCAGAUCUGUUUGAUGAGCAGAAGAAACAGACAAGCAGCUCUUAUAGCCUGAGCAAUGUGCUGCCCAAUGCUCCAGAUAUGACCCAGCUGAGGAUGGGUGUCCGCUCGGUGGCUGGCAAAUUGUCGGUCAUGGCCAGUGGAGUGGUUUCAACUAUACAGGAUCGCUACAGCACCUGAAGAUAUAGAGUAUACAGACUUCAAUCCUUAAGACCCUCUCAGAUCCUCUCAGCAUUACGGAGAGAAACGAUUUGCCUGUGUUUAUAGGUCCCAAAUGCAUUACAAUUAAAUAUAAUGCAAAUAUAUGUAGCUUCAUUGAGUAGAUAUAUAGGUGGUUGAUUACACAUUACACAGUAGAGUUAAACCCCCAGCUCUAUUGGGAACUGAAGUGAAGGGUAGCUUAUAGUUUCUUCCCCUAUAAAAAUGAAACCAAAAUUUAAUUAGUUUGGUACGCACUUUUUUUGACAAAUGAUAAAAAGCCCAAUGUUUUGUUUUGUUUUGUUUUGCUUUUUGUAAAUUGCAAUGUUUACAUGUUGUUUUUGAAACUGUUACACAUGGAUUAUGCUAGAUUAUUAUAAUUUUUAAAAAGUAAGAUGACAGGAACGGAUGUAUAUGGGACUGAACAGCUUUAUUUUUUGUAGGUGUUCUUAUAUCUAUUGAUAAUGGGGAGAAACACAGCACUAAAUAUGAUUAGAUGUACUAUAUGUACUGGCACUAUAGGGUUAAUGUAGUUAACAAGUAGCUUGUGAUCCAAUAAUAGCUGUUUACUAAUGGGUGUGAGUCCUUCAUGUCUGUAGUCACCAGUUUAGCGAUUUUCUUUUUUGUUUUGCUUGCUUUAAUCCACCUAUAAAACCUGAUUAUGGCCGUGAACCAAACACCCGAGUCGACUAAUUCAAACCUACAGGUCCAGAGUCAAGUACUCUGGGUAUGGAUAAAUUUAGUUUGCAUUUAGAUAAUAACCACAUGCUUUUACAUAUUGGCAGGGUUACAGUUAUCCGGUUUAUACUGUUAUGAACUACUAUUAUGCAAAAUAUGCAAUUUAGCUCAUUCAGAGUUUUUUUUUAUUAUUAUUAUUAACAGCCACAAAUAUGGCAAUUAUUGGCCACUUUAGUCAAGUGUUUAGUCAAAAGUUAAUUGUGGAGGGAGGUUCAUUCCUAGUUGUAUAAUAUCUAUCUUAAAAUUAAUCUGACAUUUAGAAGUGGUUUGAGUGAUCCGAUUUGAAUCUGAUUGAAAUGAACCUUUGUAUAUAGAUAAUACCAGUGGAAAGUAAUAUACCAUACCAUUAUAAUUCUGAUACUUGAUUUGCAUGAAAUGGCCAAGUGAAAAUGGAUACUUGGAUUAAUUGUCAAUUGCCAUUUAUUCAUGGUGGAAAAUGUUUCAUUUGAUGUUUUUUUUCUGUUGUUGUUGUUUUAUUUUUUCCUCUAUUGAUAGAUUUAGCCAUUAGUUUGCAUGGGCAUUUUUUGCUUGAUUUGUAAGUUACUUUAUGCACUACAACUUAUCGAAAAUGGAACAAGGCUAAAUUGAGUACACAUAAUGCUGAAGAAAUCCUAAAUACAGUGAAUGCUGCAUAAAAACACAAUUUCUUCUACGAAGAAAGACUGUGUGGAAGGUAUAAAUGAGCAGUUUGUAGCUUUAUGCUUUAGCCAAAGCUGGCAAAAAGAUUUGCACUACAUAGGGAAAGUAUUUGUUUCGUAAAGUGCAAAGUCUAUUCCUGCCAAUUCUUGCAAUUAUAAUAAUAAAAAAUAUUUGAAUUGUGCUUUGAUUAAUAAAACUCAUUUUUGUGCCUCCUUGUGUUGUAGUUUGUGGAAUUUCCAAAGGAUGGAGAAAAACAUUGGUUCGUUGACUUAUAAGCAGUGCGUUUCUUUGCGCAGGCUACAAAUAUUUAAAAAAAGGUUUCACAGUGCUCUAAGCUCUGAGCACUUUAAACUCUAAACUGUUGUCUCUGUUGGUCCUCAUUAAAAAAAAAAUAAAAGACUUCAUGCAUCA